CCGCGGCUGCAGCCCCUCCCGCCGCCGCCUCACGGCGCUCUCCCCGCCGGGCGGCAUGCGGGGCGCUCGCAAGCGGCUCUGUUCCGCCCUGCUCGUCGCUUACGGCCUCUUCUCCCUGUACGCGGCCUACACCGUCUUCCUCCGACCCCGCCGCCCGGCCGCCUCCCGCCCGCCGCACAGGGACCGCCGCGGCCCGCGAGGUAUCGAUCACGUUCCUUUGGGGAAUGAAGAGUGGAACCCGUGGGAAGCUGAUGAGAGAAGUGAACAGGUUGCGGCUCAGCAGAGAUACGAAAAUAUUCUUAAGCUGGUACAAAAUGCAAGGUCUCAGCUAGAACAAACCAGGCUCAGAGUACAGAUCUGGGGAAAAGCAGCGAUUGGCCUUUACCUAUGGCAGCAUAUUUUUGGAGGGCAUCUUGAGCCAGCUGAUGUGACUGCGCAGUGGAGGGAAGGAAGCCAAAAAGCAGGAAAAACACAUUUCAGCUUCAUCACUGGUCCAUCUGUAGUUCCUGGCUACUUCUCAGUUGAAGCUGAGAAUGUCGUGCUAGUUCUGAAUGGAAGAGAAAAAGCAAAGAUCGCUUACGCCACUCAGUGGUUGCAUUAUGCACAAACGUUGCUUCAGACUCGCAAGAUACAGCAUGUAGCAGUUGUGCUGCUUGGGAAUGAGCAGUGCAACAACGAAUGGAUUCAGCCAUACCUGAAAAGGCACGGAGGAUUUGUAAAUCUGCUCUUUGUGACGUACGACUAUGCAUUGGUAAAUGAAGAAGAUAUUUUCCAGUGGCCUUUAGGAGUAGCCACCUACAGAAAUUUUCCAGUUGUAGAGCCCAGCUGGUCAAUGCUACACGAUCCAAGGUCGUAUCUCUGUAAUUUUUUAGGAACAGUUUACAAGAAUUCUUCUAGAGAAACCCUGAUGGAAAUUCUGAAGCAGGAUGGGCUUGAGAAGCUUUGCUGGAUUGCAGCCAGAGAACAGUGGCAGCCUCAGGAAACAAAUGAAAGUUUCAAAAACUAUCAAGAUGCCUUGCUGCAGAGUGAUCUGACGUUGUGCCCAGUGGGAAUAAAUACAGAAUGUUACAGAAUUUAUGAAGCUUGUUCAUAUGGAUCUGUGCCUGUUAUAGAAGAUGUAAUGACACUUGGUGAUUGCAGAAAUUCAUCAAUGUACCACAGUGCUCCAUUACAGUUAUUAAAAACCAUGGGGGCUCCGUUUAUCUUUAUUAAAAACUGGAAAGAGCUUCCUGCUGUUUUAGAGAAAGAAAAAAAAAUGAGCUUACAAGAAAAAAUUCAAAGAAGAAAAAAACUCAUAGAAUGGUAUCAAAACUUCAAAGCGUGGAUGAGACAGAAAUUCAUUAAUACUUUGGAAAAUUCAUUUCUGCCCAGUGAUAAAGGAUAAAUGUUCCAUGUUGAAAAUCUAGAACAGAUUGAAAGCUUAAUUUCAUUAACCUUCUGAGGAAGCUUUUAUACAAAAAAAAAAUCCCCAAAGGUGGGUGCAUUCCGUUUGAAGUCAACAGAUUUGGGCUAGCUUAACCAAGAGCUACGUUUGGCCUUCCAUCAGGGACAAUUUUCAGAGAGGAUGUUGAUUUAGAGGGGUGUUAGUCUGUAAGGAUAACAACAAUUUUAUGAGUGUUUUGUAAGUUCCAUGUUGAUGUGUGACGUGGUAAUUUUUUUUAAGGAAACCAUCUUUGAGCAUGUGAGCUUGCUACAAUGCGGCAUGAGAACAGCAGUUGUUUCUGAAGAACAGGAAGGGAAAGCUGUAUUGUUCAGAAUGUGUUAUGAGACCUAAAAAAAAAGUAUGGCUGUAGCAAAAUUGCCAGGUUUAGCAGUCAGUAAUGGAUCUCCUGGUAAGUACUGACUUUGACAGUGUGAACUGUUUACCUGAUUGAUGUGUUUCAUUUCCAUGGAAGUGGUCAUAAAGCUGAUUAAACACUGUGGAAUAAAAACGUGUGUUUCCAGGUGAAA